GAACUAGAUUCAUCCGGCAGUGUGGUCGAAACGGAUGUUACUGCAGACGCCUUUUGUUUCCAUGGCAGCACUGAUAGUUGUGGUGGCGCUGAGCUAGAAUUUAUGCUAUGCUUUUUAGCUAGUUAGCUUAGCUGACUUAACCGUUCAAUGUGAACUAUUUUAGACAUAUUCAACAACUUUUUUCUGGAGUAGUUGCUGUGUAUUUUUACUUUUACACAGUUCCGGACAUCUGUACUUAUGACAAGAACAUAAAAUUGAACAAUAUUCUCUGUGCGAGCUUACCGGAGAAAAUACUUGCCUCUUCAUUAAUAUUUGCUUAACAGGAUGUCAAGUGUUUCAGUGCCCUGUUUUUCAGCAUCUGCUUCGUAACCAUGCAGGAAGCUGUGGACCUGGAGGCCCAGCUGGCUUGUAAAGAAAGAGAAUGGAAAGAGCUUCAGGCUUUGCGGAUUCAACAACUGGAGACUGCUUUAAAUGAAGCCACAUCAGAGCUGUCCACCCAGAGAGAGCGUUUCCUUCGCCUGCGGGAUGACUUCAAGUAUAAUCUACGUGUGUUGGAGGAGAGGGACAAAGAGCUGGAGCGCUAUGAUGCCUUGGCAGCCCGCGCUCAGACGGAAGAGAGUGCCAGGCGGGAAGAGGUCAGUGAACUGAGGAUUGAGAUAGCAAAACUUCAAGAUGCCCUGGAGGAGCAGCGGAGGGCGAAGGAGGACAUAGAAGUGCAAUAUCAGAAGAAGGGAGUCGAGCAUAGAGUCAAACUGGAAAAAGUCCAGAACAUGAUGGAAAGUGAGAUUCAAAAACUCAGGGAGGAAAAUGAAACACUUAGACGGGAUCUCCAGCGGCGAAUAAGAGAAUCUGAUGGUGAGCUGGCGCUUCAAAAACAGGAAAUGAUGGCAGAUUUUGACAGUGAGAUGAGGAAGCGGGAGCAUGAAUUCCAUCUGAAGCUGGAUGAAAUGAACAGUGUGGUUCUCUCACAUGAGCUCAAAGAAAAGCUAUUGAGCAAAGAGCUGGAGGUCCACGCCAAAGCUCACAGUCAGGCCACCGAGGCCCUGCAGGCCUCUGAAGAACUUCACCAGCAGGCUCAAAAAGAGAUCCAGCGCAGAGACUGGGAAAUAAAGAACACCACUGCAAUGAAAGACUCCAGGAUAAAAGAGCUUGAAGACAUACGAAAACAAAUGGAGAACAAUUAUAAAAAAGAGCAAGAAGCCUACAACAGGAAACACUCAGAACUGGAACGAAGGUCUCGGGAGAAAGAGGAUGCGUUGGGUCUCAUGAGAGAGGCUCAUGCCAGGGAGCUCCAGGAGGAGAGGGGGAAAAUCUCAGAAUUGCAGGCUCAACUGGACAGAAUGAUCCUGGAGCAGAAGAGGAGAGAAAAGAGCCAUAAGGCUGCCCUUCAUCACAGAGAACAGCAGAUAGAAGAGAUCAGAACGCAGCUAGAAACAACCCGAUCUGGUUGGGAUACUUACAUCACACAGGUCUCCAAAGAAAAUGUUGCCAAGGACACAGAGCUGCUUUCUGCAGGGGAAAGAGAAGCCAAAGUGAGAGCAGAGCUGGAAAGGUGCAAAGAGGAUAUAGAAAGGUAUAAGCAGCAGGUGUCUAGUGGUCUGCAGAGGGAGCAGGCACUGGAGCAGAAGAGAGUUCAGCUGGAAUUGGACUGGGAGCGGCGUUGUGAGGAGGUGCGUUCUGAGCACUACCUGAGAAGCGAGGAGCUCAUCCAAAGCCUUACACAGGCCAGAGACCAGAUAACUGCUGAGCUGAGAGAGAAGGAACGAGAAUUACAGGAGACGGUGACACUGCUAAAAAGUGUCACUGUAGAGCGAGAUCAGGCGCUACGUGGAAUCAAACCAACACUAACAGGAAUUCAGGCAUCUGCAGUAGACAGCAGCAGUUUCCCAUCAGAAGAGAUCAGGAGACUCCAGCAGCAGAACUGCACUCUUAGAACAGUGGUAGCUGAAAUGAGGAAAGAUAUGGAGAACUUGAGCCAGCAGAUGCCUAUAGCUCGGAGUCAGACCACAAAUCCAGAACCCAACACUGCAGGGACUACAGACUACAGUCAGGCUCUGGAGAAAGAGAUCCAGGAGCUAAAGGCCAAAUGUCGUGAUCUGGAGGAGCGGUUAGAGGAAUCUUCCAAGAUAGUCAAUACUGCCAGCAUUCCUGCCCUUGCAUUCCCUGUUUCCCCAGACAAUGCUUACCUUCAAAACCACAUUAGAUCACUUAAUGAGACCAUAGGUGGGCUGCGAGUGGAGAAAGUAGCCAAUGCUGCUGCUCUAAAGAAACAGGAAGUGAGGCUGGCUCAUUUGGAGUCUGCUGUGGAACAGCUUACCCAGCAGUGUCACUCAAAACACAUAGAAAAUGAGAGUUUACGUCUGGAGCUGGCCAAUCACAAGAGGGCAGCAGCAGCUGAAGAAGCGAGGCUUAAGCAAAGAGUGGCAGCUACUGAGCUGGAGUUAAAUGAAGUGAGACGGGAGGCAGAAGAGUACCAAAAAGGCAGUUUGCUCUACAACCUAGAGACUGUUGCACUUGGCAACCAGGUGUCAGCACUGAAGGUUGACCUUGCAAGCAGGAGAGAGCCCAUUGUCCUUAACCAGAGUGAGAUGGUAAAGCAGCUUCAGGAGGAGAACUUGUCCAUGAGACAGCAACUGCUGCUGCUGCAGAGUUCAGCCAGAGGGGGCACCGUGGGUGAUGUUGCUACUCUUCAGUCAAAGCUCAAACAGGCUGCACGCCUGAUCUCCAGCCUCAGUCAGGACAAACGGCAACUCAUUGAAAUGGGCAACAGGCUCCGGGCGCAGCUGAUAGAAGCAGGACUGGAGGUUCCACGGCACUCAAAGAUCACUCUCAAACCAAAUGCUCCAGAGCACAGUCUGGUGGAAAAAGAACCCUCUCAGUCCGAGCAUGGGGUGCAGCCAAAGAGCCGCUUAUCUACCCUGGAACAGUUACAGUACCAGCUAACCACUCAGGAGCUACAAUAUGCACAAAGAGAUCAGAAUAAGAAAAUGGCGAUUAUAGUCCGUCCCCAAUUCUCUGAGAGUGACAGUUCAGGCAAACGCAGAACCGCCAACCCAUGGGAGCCUCCAAUCGAAGUCCAGUCUGUGGGCAGUAAAGAAAACACUCCUCCGCAGAACCAAUCUGAAGCUCCGGUCCGACUGCCCGGGUCAUCGCACUUUCUGUUGUCCUCCAUAGGCACAGAUGAUUCCCUACAGAAUGUGUGGAAGAUGUUGGAUCAAGGUUUGAGUUCCUCUGUGUUUUCUACAAGUGACAGUGAGGACAAAGGUAGAGUGGCUACAGCAAACAGUGGACCCCCAGAUAUUAAUCAGCCUCCUGCUGCACCUGUCAGCGUGGAGGGCACAAAAGCAUCACUCCAGGAAAAGAAGAAACAAAACCAGACAACAUUUGCAUCUGCUAAAAAGACACAUCCUGCAGGGAAAAAGAGCAAGAUUCGGAAUUACAACAUCAAAGACUGAAAAAAACAAUUGGGCCACUCCAUUUAAAGAACUGUCUCACUUGAAGUGCUGCAUUAUUAUUUGUUCAUUUUUGCAUCAUGCAAAUUUUUUUAAUACUUGUACCUUUUGUAAAUGUUUAAUAAAUGAUUGGAUAAUUUGACCAAUAGGCAAGUCUUUUGAUAAUUUGAAGAAGCACCUAUUAUGAUAAGAAAAUAUGUGGUCUUGUGUACAUAUAAUGUAGUUUCAAUUUAUCAAUAAACCUUUAAAUAGGCACAUGAAAA